UCCAAAUUUCAAAUCUCUUUUGUUGUACAAUUAACUACACAACGUUUAAAUUUGACGGACACUUCUCGGUUCAACUUCCGACCAGUCAUGAAAAUCAUGAUUCUAAUUGCACUUAUGUGCAUUGCACCGACAGCACUGUACCUACUCAACGAAUAUGACGUCAUCAACCUGUCAGAUCCAGAGGAAUUUGUUAGGAUGCUGCACCACGACUAUAUUGAGUUGUUGAACAAAGUUUGCAGAGUACCAUUUGGUACUGAUAGAGGCAGUUUGCAGAGUGACAAGUGCUUCCUAGAACUGUUUCAUCUGCACGAAAAAGUUGGACUAAAAUCAGUUGAGCUUUACGAGGAAAUCAAUCGAUAUAGCAACAGGAUGGUUGAGAUGGAAGGAGAAGAUCCUGCGACAGGACACUCAUAUUAUUCAAAGGAGAUGAUCAGCUACAAAAUGACAUAUUCCUAUCGAAACUUCAUAGAACCAAUACUCCUCAAGGCAAAUGACAUGGUAGUACGAAAUGCUAAACAUGUUGCUGCAAUAAUCUUCGCGAUUGGCAUAGUCAUCUCAAUCGUUUUCCUUAUCUUAUCCGGAUUAACGAAACCUGACAGCUAUGCCCUACCGAUGCCAAACUUUUACGAUACCUCAAAAACGCAAAGAAAAUCUUUCUUGUUCGGGAAACUCCAAAAUUAUUUCUACGGACUUGAUAUCAAGGAACUACCAUUGCCUGGCGCUUAUAACAAAGGGAGGAAGUAUUUCCCCUGAAAAUGCUGUCACAAUGGAGGAACUAUAGAUUGAAAAACGAUCUCUACUGUAUUCCAGAUAAACAAAUGAUGAGACGAGAUCAACAUGGUGUACUGCCAAUACUACUGGGAUUCGUUGGAGAUUGUUGCCGAUGGAAAUGAAAUGAUUUUGAAAAGAUUAAUCAUUGAAAUGAUAAUUCUAGUGUCAUUGCAUCGAGUCAUAUACAAUUUUACAUUUUUAACAGUCAAUUAUUGAGCUUUGAACAUUAUUGACAUUGUGAUUAAGUUUUUAUUUUUUAAAUUUUGAGUCCAUGAUCGAAGUUUAGAUGCAAUGUUUGACCAGUUUUAAGUUGCAUCGAUAACUUGAAUAAAUUGAAAUUUGAAACUUCGAAUAUUUUUGAAUUUCAAGUAUUUGAGAUAUGCUCGAUUAUUCAUACUGUUACUAUCUUAUACCAUUAUUACUGCAAAAAACCAA